CUGGUCGUCAUGUACCGUGCAGAACGCAUCGGAUCGGAUCUUUUCGAUACGCGUCCUUUUUCGAGCAUCCCUCGGAGGUUACGUAGCGCUGUGAGCGUGCACGGAGUGUAGCGGUCGCGGCGCGUCGGAAGGUCACCCGUCAAAACACCGAAAAGCGCGUCGCCGGGCGGCACACGCGUUGUUUACUCCGCGAGAGACGGACAGGUUGCAUAGAAAAUCCUCUCGUUCCUUGUCACGUUAUUGGAAGACGAUACGUCGCUUUCAGUUAAAAACGAAAUAUGUCUCCGCGAUAUCGUUGACUCGUUUCUAUCGUCGCGUCGACGAAUCAACGCUACAUGAUUCGGUGGAGUGAUUCGAGGGAAUAUCGUGCACGCCGGUGAUCUAGGAUCGGAUCGAACUACGAGAAAAGAUGACUGCCACGGAAGAAACCGAACCAUUGAUAUCCACGAGAGCGUUGUCCGCAAAUCGAAAAUCGCAUGCAGUCUCGUACGAUACGAUCUCGUUGGAAGCCGUCGGAAGGGACGGGUCGUCGCGUGGAACGAGUUCCGAAACGUCGUUCGGACCGAAACCGAUCUCACGUUCGUCGAACGCUGCUGAAAAAUCGUCCACGUGUCCUGUUGGGAACUCUGCGAACGAGUCGAUCACGUACACCUGGAGCGAUUUGAACGUAUACGUUUCCAGAAGGGACGACAAACUGUUUAACCGAUGGUUCGUUAACAGGAAGAAAUUAAUCGAACGAAGACAUCUAUUGAAAGAUGUCUGUGGCGUGGCCUAUCCAGGCGAAUUGUUGGUAAUCAUGGGAUCUUCCGGCGCCGGGAAAACAACAUUAUUGAAUGCGUUGACGUUUCGCUCGAGCAGCGGUGUGACCGUGUCCGGUGUAAUGGCAGCCAACGGUCGAAGAGUCUCCUCCACGAUACUAACAUCGAGAACCGCCUAUGUGCAACAGGACGACCUAUUUCUCGGCACUCUGACCGUUAAGGAACAUCUUCUCUUUCAGGCUAUGGUGCGCAUGGAUCGACGAAUACCUAUGGCGCAAAGGAUCCAUCGAGUAAACGAAGUGAUCAAUGAGCUUGCUCUGAUAAAAUGUAGAAAUACCGUGAUUGGUCAACCAGGGAGAAUAAAAGGUCUCUCUGGAGGUGAGAUGAAGAGACUGUCGUUUGCGUCCGAAGUUCUCACGGAUCCGCCAUUGAUGUUCUGCGACGAACCGACAUCGGGUCUGGAUUCCUUCAUGGCGCAUCAAGUAGUCUCUGUAUUGAAAGCUUUGGCUGCACGUGGCAAGACAAUCGUCGUCACGUUACAUCAGCCAUCUUCGGAAUUGUUCGCCCUCUUCGACAGAAUUCUACUGAUGGCUGAGGGAAGGGUAGCCUUCAUGGGCACGGGCCUCCAAGCAUGCACUUUCUUUGAAACAUUAGGUGCCGCUUGUCCAAGCAACUACAAUCCAGCCGACUACUUCGUGCAGAUGUUGGCUGUCGUGCCAGGACGCGAGGCAUCAUGUCGUCACGCGAUAAACACGGUUUGCGACGCGUUUCAAAAGAGCGAUCAGGGCAUUAAAAUCGCGCUGGAAGCGGAGGCGACGAACGGCGAAUUCGAAGACUCGCUACGAGACUCGAAGAAUCACGAGAACCGAUCGCCGUACAAAGCAAGCUGGUGCGAACAAUUCCGUGCGGUUCUCUGGCGUUCUUGGUUGUCGGUGAUCAAGGAACCGAUCCUUAUUAAAAUUCGUCUGCUACAGACUGUCAUGGUGUCGCUGUUGAUCGGAAUCGUUUACUUCAAUCAGCGGCUCGAUCAGGACGGAGUUAUGAACAUUAAUGGUGCUUUGUUUAUAUUCCUUACGAACAUGACCUUCCAAAACGUAUUCGCCGUUAUAAACGUAUUUUGUGCGGAAUUGCCGAUAUUUUUGCGCGAGCAUAGAAACGGGAUGUACCGUACCGAUGUCUACUUUCUGUGUAAAACAUUGGCCGAAGCGCCCGUCUUCGUAGCCGUGCCACUAAUGUUCACCAUCAUUGCUUAUCCAAUGAUCGGACUACAACCAGGGAUCGAUCACUUUUUCAUCACCGCUGGCGUUGUUGCAUUAGUCGCGAACGUCUCCACGUCUUUCGGCUACUUGAUAUCCUGCAUUAGCAACAGCUUGUCUAUGGCGUUAUCUAUAGGGCCCCCGGUGAUAAUACCGUUUCUAUUAUUCGGUGGAUACUUUCUGAACACAGCAUCCAUUCCAUCCUAUUUCGAAUGGUUUUCGUACUUGUCUUGGUUUCGUUAUGGUAACGAAGCGCUUCUCAUUAAUCAAUGGUCGGGAGUGGAGACUAUAGAGUGUACAAGAAGCAACGCAACAUGCCCGAAAUCUGGACGAAUGGUUCUACAAAUAUACAAUUUCAAAGAGGAACACUUCUGGACGGACAUUAUAUGCCUUUUCUCCUUAAUCGCCGUGUUCCGUUUUCUAGCAUUUCUUGCUCUGCUUUCGAAAACUCGACGUACCAAACGGAUAUCGAAAAGAAUGAACGCUUUCGGGGAAAGUCGGUGGUCCCGCCGGAAUUACGAGAACUUGAGGGAACCGGAAACGAUCCAGUUCGAAGGGGUGACGCUUUCCUGGCGCGGACUGUCGGUGUACGCGAUGGAUCGUGGACGGAGAAACGUGAGCAAGCAACUGAUCGACAACGUGCGGGGUGCGGCGAAACCCGGCGAUCUAACAGCGAUCAUCGGUGCGAGCGGAGCUGGUAAAAGUUCACUGAUGACGGCACUAGCAUUUCGUACUGGACCCGAACUGCUGGUCCAUGGCGACAUACGAGCAAAUGGUGUGCCUGUUGAUUCGUCGUACAUGAUGGUGAACAGUGGUUACAUGCAUCAAGAUGACAUAUUCGUCGAGACUAUGACGGUCAUCGAACACCUUUGGUUUAUGGCACGAAUGAAACUUGACGAAAGCACGCGAGUGUCGGACAUUCGAGAGAAAAUUGACCGCUUGUUGCAAGACGUCAGCCUGGCGAGCAGACGCGACACGAGAAUCGGCAAUGGCGUCGACGACAAAGUACUAUCUGGUGGCGAAAAGAAGAGGCUGGCAUUUGCUACAGAAUUGCUGAUCGAUCCGAAAAUACUAUUUUUGGACGAGCCAACCACCGGUCAGGAUUCCCAUUCGGCGAAUUCCUUGGUCACCCAGUUGAAAACAUUCGCUGCUCAGGGACGAACAGUACUAUGUACUAUACACCAACCGAGUUCUGCUAUAUUCGAUUCGUUCGAUCGAAUAAUCCUAAUAGCGGAAGGUCGUGUGGCUUUUGCCGGUCGUACCGAAUGGGCAGCACAAUUUUUCGCAAGUCAGGGAUACGAGUGUCCACGGAAUUACAAUCCGGCUGACUUUCUAAUAGCGAUCGUGGCUACUGGACCGAGGGCUGAAAAUGGCGGGGAGGAAACAGCACGCAAAGUAUGCGACGUCUUUCUGACCAGCGAAGCAUCCGAUGAAAUCGAUUACAUCUUGAUGAAAGAAAUUCAAUUGGGAAAUUCCUCGAACGUAAGAAGCUCAUCUAUUAUAUCAAAGUCUACAUUCUUAUCAAUGGUUUGUUGCAGACAGAGAGGAUCACGAUAUUGUUCGAGGCUCCACUGGUUGGUUUAUCGAAACUUCUUGCAAGUUUUGAGAGAUCCUUCGAUUCAGAUCAUCAGAAUACUUCAGAAAGUGAGCGUAGCUUUGAUCGCUGGACUGUGUUUCGUGGGUUCGGUGAACACCGAUCAGUUGGGUAUCCAAGCUACGCAGGGCGUGAUUUUCAUUUUGGUAUCCGAAAACGCAUUUUUCCCGAUGUACGCCACGCUCGCUUUGAUACCGCACGAGUUACCGCUUCUUAGGAGAGAGUAUCGAGCUGGAAUGUAUCCGAUUCAUCUUUACUACGUCGCACGGAUACUCUCUUUGGCAAGUAAUAUUAGCAAACUUUUCAAUGUUUAAAGUGUAAGGAAUCCCAAAGUUUCCCUGAAGGUCAAUAACAAACAUUUUAAAUUUCAGAUACCCGGAUUGAUAGUGGAGCCAUUGUUAUUCGCGUCGAUAAUAUACUGGUUAGCCGGAUUGAGGAGCAACGCAGAAGCAUUUAUAUUAACAUUACUCGUACUUCUGCUCACGAUAAACGUAUCAACAGCUUGUGGAUGCUUUUUCUCGACGGCGUUCGAGAGCGUGCCGUUGGCAAUGGCGUACUUGGUGCCCUUCGAUUAUAUUCUGAUGAUCACUAUGGGCCCCUUUCUAAAACUCGGAUCGUUACCGCUGUAUAUUCGAUGGGUGAAGUACAUUUCUUGGCUGCUGCACUCUAGCGAAGCGCUCAGCAUUCUUCAGUGGAACGGGGUACAUAAUAUAUCUUGUGAAGCGAUUGAUCCUGAGUUGCCCUGCAUCACCGAUGGACUCGGAGUAUUAAGGCGCUACGACUUCGACGAGGCGAACAUUUGGAUGGACUUAGUACUCAUGGUCGUUAUAUAUCUCGUUUUCCAUAUUCUUGGCUAUCUUUGCCUGUGGAACCGUUGCAGAUUAAAGUAA